UGGACACGAUGCUACGAAGAUGGAGGAGACUUGUUGUGCUGUGUUGUCCAGGUUUACUGCUUUUGGUGGUGCUGGUAUGGAGUCUGUAUUACCAGAAAGGUACUUUUCCCACAAUCACUUUCGCAUCCCCAUCAACACGCCCGACAACCCGCGUACUACUAUUGGCCUACUAUAGAACCGGGUCCUCCUUUCUAGGCGAGCAGUUCAACAAAAAUUCCAAAAUGUUUUAUUUCUUCGAGCCGCUAUGGAAUUACGACAACGCCGUCCAGAAAAAAGAAGGUCUUAUGUACGCUAAUGGUACAUACACAAAUCCACCGAAACAUGGAAAGGAAUAUGAGGAACAUAUCGCUAUAAUUAACGAUCUCUUGAAUUGCCGGAUGCACGCUAUCCCUCUACAGAUCUUAACCGGAUCCCGGAUUCAAACGUCACGAAAUGGACAGCAAAUGAUAGAAUCCCACAGUUUCGUUACUUGGCCGGGACGUCACAGAAAAUUAGAGAAUAGCACAUAUUACGAAUGCAUUAACAAAAACACAGGUUUCGGGCACGGUAAAUGUGUCCCCAUUAUUGAAAACGUGUGCAAGCAAUCUGAUGUGACCGUCGUAAAAACUAUACGUACCCGAAUGUGGCAGGUGGAGUCUCUUUUACGUGAGAAUCCGGGACUUAAAGUCGUACAUUUACUGCGGGACCCAAGAGGACAAAUUUUGUCCGCUAAAAUGACUUUAACGGAAGGCAUGGUGUUCGACCCUGACUUUUUCGCGAGCAACAUUUGCCUCAUGAUGUUACGUGAUAUUCACGCUAGAAAUAAACUGCAGGAAAUGUUUCCAAGGCGGAUCUUAGAAGUACAGUAUGAAGAUUUCGCCGAAUAUCCGUAUGAAACAACUACUCGCAUUUAUGAUUUUUUGGGACUAGAACUGCCAGGAAACUUAAGGACAAACUUGCAGAGAAAUUCCAGAAAUGGAGGUGUUGACACUGGAUUUAUGGGGACUUCUAGGAAAGAUCCUAAUGCAACUGCGCAUGCGUGGGUGCUAAAAAUAGAUCCCGCUUUGGCAGGAGUUGUCGAUGAGGCAUGUUCGGAAUUAUAUUCGGAGCUAGGCCUAUUAAAAUAUAAACACCUUAGAAAAAGAUACGAUUUCUAAAGCCCUCAUUUUAUUUUUUAAAU